AUGUCGGACGAAACUCAACCAGAUUUGUCCGCCGUGUCCACCGCUGAGACGGUCGAGGAGCCGAAACCAAAGCAUCCCCAUCUCAAGGCCGUUUCCGAGGGUGGUAGUCUUAGACCGCCCUUCUCCGCCCGGAGAACAUUCUCUCAAAGGAUCCUCCGGCGCAAUCGCAGCAAGCUCGACACGGGUGCCGGCCCCGACAAUGAGCCCGGAGAAGGUCGACCACCAUUAGGGUUAAGAAAAACGCUCUCGAAUAUUGGUGAUGAAGAGUACAUUAAUCCGCUUGAGCAAAGCGCUCGAUGGAUGCUCUCAGCCCGCGCGGGUGCCAUCCGGGCAGGUGCCAAUAUUGGCUUCGGUAUUAUGAACCGGGCGGCCAUCAGCUCGACCUCGACCAUUUGGCUCAACUCUACCCUAGGCCCGUGGAAGGGCAGGAAGAAGAUUGAGGUCAAGGUCUGGGAUCCCAAGAAGAGAAUAGAAACCUCUACCAGCCGGUCGGCGGACCCCGAAAAGACAAGGCCAGCUGUCAUCAACUUCCACGGAGGUGGCUUUGUGGUGGGUUCGGCGACUGAUGACGCACUUUGGGCUGGCGCCGUGAUGAAGUCAACCGAUGCUGUCGUCUUCUCGGUCAACUAUCGUCUUGCGCCCGAGUACCCGUUCCCCAAGGCUGUGGAAGACUGCGCAGAUGCAAUUAUACAGAUUGCAAAGAGAUCUCAAGAGUUUGGCAUCGACACGGACCGCAUCGUCAUCUCUGGCUUCUCGGCAGGCGGUUCGCUUGCUUUGUCCAGCUGGGUUCUCCUUCAAGAGCCACAACGAUGGGGCUAUGAUCUUGGAGGCGUGCCGCCCAAGAUUGCAGGAUUUGCACUGUUUUAUCCCCUUCUCGACUGGACCAUCAGCCGUCCCAACAAGAGACAGAGCUGCGUCAAGCCGGACGUUACCCUGUCUAAGAACCUUACCGAUCUGUUUGAUGCAUCAUAUAUUUUCCCAAAGAUUCCCAAAGAUGAGCGUGAUGAUCCACGUCUAUCACCAGGACUCAUGUCGGACGAGCUGCUAAGAGAACUGCCCCCAGUCCACCUCUGUAUUUGCGAAUACGACAUGCUGCACGCCGAAGGUCAUACAUUUGCGGAAAGAAUGGACGAGGCCGGACGCGAGAUCACGGUUAGAGUCGUCAAAGAGGCCAAGCAUGCCUGGGACAAGCCACCGCCUAUGUGGCCAAAGCCCAGCGUGCACAUAGAGUACGGCCACGCAAUAGAGUCUAUGCGUACUUGGAUUGCCCUGCCUGAACUCGAAAGGAAGAACAGUACUAUCUCGGAAACAAUCAGAGAGAUUGGCGAGACUAUUGAGGAGCAGCGACCGAAUGACAAGACUCCACAAGUAGAGAAGUCGGAAUUCAAGAACUCGGAUUUAGCGAUAUCAUAG